AUGCCGCUCUUUGUCACCUUCAUCGACUUGAAGAAGCCCUUCGACUCAGUUGAGACGGAAGCCUUGGACAAUCGAGAUGUCCCUACUCAGUACAUAAAGGUACUUCGAGAGUUGUACAAUAACUUCACGACCGGAAUUUCGCCAUUCUACAACAAUAUCAUCAUUGACGUGAAGAGCCGGGUCCGACAUGGUGAUACAACCUCACCCAAAAUAUUCACAGCCACCCUUGAGAACCCAAUGCGAAUGUUGGAAUGGAACGACAUGGGAGUGAAAGUUGAUGAUUGGCAGCUACACCAUUUGCGCUUUGCUGAUGACAUAGUACUGAUAACACCUAGCAUCAGCCAAGCGGAACGAAUGCUGACUGAAUUCGACGAGAAAUGUAAAUGCAUCCGUCUCCAGCUGAAUCUGCAAGAGAAGAUCAACGGGAGUGAAGGUGAUCAAGGUGAAGGUGACUUGAAUAGAGAGGAGCGGAGAAGGAGCAUUCUCGAAAAUCUGCUCAGUCGACAAGGAGAUGGAUACGACCCGCAAAGGCCUCGAUCAUGGCGAGCAGUGAAUGUCGAGCCUAUGAUGGUGAUGGUCGCCUUUUCCUUCGGUUUCUUCAUUACUUCUCAAUCACCUUUUAUGUAUUGGGCGAGAUGUGUGCAGAUCGCUCGAAGCACAGAGGGACAAGAUUUGGAGAACGCCACUGUAAUCUGUGCACAGCUGUCUGUUCACGACGACUUGCAGAAUAUUGUAGAAAAAGACAUAGCCUCAACGAAGAUUUUCUUACAAGCGGCGAGUACUGUUCCCACCAUGAUUACAGCUCCUCUGAUAGGAACUUGGUCCGAUAAAAGAGGUCGUAAAAAUCCCCUUCUUUAUACAAUAUUUGGGUUUUCGAUCUAUAUGCUCUUACAGCUACUAGCAACGCUUACUUAUGAGCAUAUAAAUAUUUAUUACUGGUACUUUGCAGCAGAAUUCUUGAUAGGACUCACAGGCAGUGUAGGAUCCAUGUUUAGCACUUCGCUGACUAUUGUCACGGAUGACUGUCGGCACAAAUUGAGACCGGGCUCUUCUACAGUUCCAAUACGCAUUGGGGUUGCUUCUUUUCUACAGUCUUUUGGCACUUGUUUGGGGACAUUUGGUAUGACCACGCUGGCUGUCCCCGCUAAUUUUCCCGCUAGCAGCCGCAAGGACAGCUAUAUCGGCGCUGCUUUGAUUCAGUUUGGAAGUGCGGCUUUAGCUUGGGUCUACGCGUUUUUCAUGGUGCGAGAGACGCAUUUCCCUCUUGACGACGGAUACUUAUAUAAUCGCUUGAAUAGCCAACUUGAUGCAUCACCAUCCGUCUCUAGCAACACACAUGUCGAACAACCAAAGCCGCUUGUAAAAAAACUGCAAGAAUACAUUUCUGCCCUCGUUGAUGUUCUCACUCAAAAGCGCCCUGGAUGGACGAGAUGCUGUCUCAUGAUGUCGUUGUUUCUUAUCUUUGUCGAAUUUUUGGCUAUGGACGCAUCGCUGCUGUUUCUUUAUGUCAAGAGGCGUCCAUUUUCGUGGAGCGACAAGCUGUUCAGCUACUUCAAUCUUGUUCGAGGAGUGCUGUUUUCAGUUGGAAUGGUCGUCUGUCCAUUGUUGCUUACCUUAGUUCAUUGGUUAGGCAAGGAUAGUUUGAUGAUUAUAAUUGGCAUGGCUGCAUCGGCAAUAUCUUUCUUAAUGAUAUCUCUGGCUCACACUACCAAGGAAAUUUUCAUAACCACUGCGUUUGGUGUCUUGUGUGGCGGUAUAGCCGUAGGCUACCGUUCGUUUUUGCCUCGAAUGGUCCCCAAGGAGCAGACCGCUCGUCUACUCACAGUGUGUUCAAUCAUAAUGGCUUUCUGUCCUAUGAUUUCUGCUGCAAUCUUCAAUUCUAUUUUCAACGCUACUAUUGAAUGGUGGCCUGGAUUCGCUUUCUUUGUUGGAGGUCUCUUGCAACUGUUUGUUCUUCUUGGACAAGGGAGUAUUCACAUUCUGAUGCGACCCCAAUGGCGAAUUGAGAAACAACUUAAGGAGCAGAUGAUGGCUCACACGCUGACAAUAGGGGAUGAGAAUGGAAGGCGUGAUGGUGAGCCUCCUACUUCUGCCACUGAUGCAUCUGAUCAUGCUGUUAUGAAUGUUGUAACUCUGCAACAUACUUUACCUCCUCAGUGA